AUGGUUUUGAAUCCCUCCAAGUACCAAGACACCCGCACGUGGAAGAUGACACCGGCCAUGAUCAGGGCCCGUAAACCCUUCUUCAAAGGCAACAUGCUCGGUCUCACGCUGCUGCUGGGUGUCACGGGCUCUGUUUACUACUACACAUACCAUUUUCUACACAAGGACAACGAUUUUGCAGAUGUGCCCGUUCCGCCCAUCGAUCCGCAGGAGCUCGAGGCCCUCAAGAAGGAGUACGAGGCCAAGAAGAAGACAUAA